UGAAAACGACAUGUCGUUGAAAUAUGAAUACAAACAUCACCAGAACAAUCUGUUUUAAUGCGGAAACACAGAAAUAUUUAUUCUCAUGUACCUGUCUGGGAAUUUACCUGACAUGGGCAAUUUUUCUAUAAAAUUUCUUUGUAAGAGGUUCAAGAUUGGGCAUCAGUUUUCCUGCCAUUUUCCUUCGUUAAACCCGAAAAUGCUUACAAUUUCUGUAAUUUUCAACUUCUUUUACUCCAAAUUUCCUUCCUCUAAUCUUGGUUCAUGAACCUUCCCCAAAAUGGCACAAGAACAGAAAAUAUUACCAACCAUUUUCUACUGAUUCGUAUUCUCUUCUCAAAACCACAAAAAUAUUAUAUUAUUUCUUGUGGGGUGAUAAUCUUGAUUACUAGAAACAGAUGAUCUGCUACUGUCCCAACCAACAUUUGCAUCAGUAGCUCAUGUAGUUCAUGCUUGUUCUUCAAUCCUCUGGUCUUUAUGUGAAAUUUUUAUAUUUUAGCAUUCAUAGCCUGAAAGGUUUCACUUUCUUGAACAUCAUGAGGCAAUUUGCGGACAUUUUUCUUUCAGUUGAAUCACAAAAAGGGCAGCUAGAGCAUGGACUACUUGUUCUAAUUAAUUAAUGACCUUAAUGUUGAUCCUAUUUUACCAACUCAUGAAGGUUUCAUCUACUAAAUUAACGUUGAUUAUAAUCACCAUUAGCUAUGUGGAGAGCAUUUUUUAAUGUAGCUAAUGACCCAUUAAGAUGCAAGAUGAAGUGAAAAAUUGAGUACAAAAAGCAUAUAUACCAUGUCCUGUGAUGGAUCUCAUAAGUUCAUUUUUUUUAGUCGAGCUCUGAUUGGGGUUCAAACUCAUGACCUCACAAUUCUGAAGAUGAUUCUAAGUACUAUUAAGCCAAAUUCACAGAAGUUAUUUGGCUACUCUAGAACUGGAUGCUUCGGCUGUAGCCAAAAGAGCAGUUUCUUUGGCUUGUUUCUGAUUCCAUUUUUACUUUCGGCUACCUUUCUCCCUUAUACUAAUGCAUAAAAACAAAACAAAUAUCAGGUUUUCCCUUGAGAGAGAGAGAGAGAAUCCAAAAACAUAAUAAAUGAAAGCCAACCUAGCAUGUCAAGCAAGCAUAAAAAUUCAAGCAAUAAAAUAUUACUUUAUAGAAUCCUCAAGCCCUUUUUGUUAAUUAGGUAUGGAAUGCAUUAUGGGUUAAUGCCCUCAUACUACCUUGUUGCUCAUCAUUCACAAGAUGAAAUAGUAACUUGAGAACAUUUUUGCCCCAGCUAGAGAGGGGACCAUCCUCUUUCAUUGUCCAUACAUCUACCAUGCAAAGAAUCCACAGCUGUAUAAUGUGCUCACACCAUUUAGCAAUUAGCAAAAGAGAAAGAAAGAAAGAAGCCUCCAAAAAGGCCUAGACUAGAAUAUAUUUUCUCUCUCUCUCAAGCAUUUCCCUCUGGCACUCAACUCAAAAUCUGUGAUUUACCCACACAAUCUUUGCAUGUGAGUCAUUAAAGAUAAAGAAGAUGAAGCUGUUCUCAGUUUUUGUUAUAGUCAUUCUGCUCCUUCAGGUUUGUUUGGGCCAUUCAUUUCUCAGUAAUGCUGCAAAAUUUUCAGCAAAUAUUGAUGUAGGAAGUGAUGUAAUUGCCAUUGACAAGAAACAUCACUAUAAGAAAAUCAAUUGUGGCUAUGCAUGCUCAAGGAGAUGCAAGGAUUCAUCAAGAAAGAAUGUGUGCCAUAGAGCAUGUAGAACUUGCUGCCAGAGGUGCCAGUGUGUUCCUCCAGGUACCUAUGGCAACAAGCAAGCGUGUCCAUGUUAUGCAAGUCUCAGAACCCAUGGAAAUAAGCCCAAGUGCCCUUGAAUUUCAUCCCACUAUUUAUAAAUAAUAUAAUCUUGAUCAAAUGCCUUUUUAUUAAUCUCUAGAUAAUAAAAUAAUUAUACGAUCAAUAAGGGAAUAAGAUCAAGCUAUAUGUGCUUGGAUUACCUUUCAAUCCUACUUUGUGAAAGGGAUUGUUGAAGAACUUGAGAAGCAAAUUUUAUUCUUUUUUGUAAUUAAUUUAUAUAUGUAUAUUAUAUUCCUUUCUUUAUAUAAGAGCAAAAGAGCUGGAUCCAUCUUAUGCAA